AUGCUGGGCUUCCGGUCACAUGAUCUGCCGGCGAAGUUGUGUAUGGGCCUGGCCUGUGUCCUGUCCCUGUGGAACACAGUGCCUGGCAUUAAAGGAGAAGCCAAGAAAGAAAAGGGAAUGACCUUCCUACCUACAACAGUGUCUGGUCUUGGAGAAGGGAGGAAGGAGAAAGGUGUGGAGUUUCUGGCCACCACAGAGCUGCCUGCAAGAUCAAUCGAUCUGUCUGCCCUAAACCUGACAGAGCUCGUGAAUGGGAUGCUAAGCAGAGCUUUAAAAGACAGCAAAAGGUUCUUCUCCUUGCUAAGUGUUACUUCCUACAGCUCCUUCGCCUUCUACAAGUUUUCUGUGGCCAUUUACAACAUUUCUAACCUGAAGACGGUGGAUCCAGCCAAAUUCCCCACAAGGUACUGCUACUGCUUAAACAAUCGGACCAAUGACUUAUCAGAUUUUACAGCCCUACUGGUAGAUAUCAUUGGAAAUUCUACCAGCUACCUGACAGAGAUUUUUAAGUCAACCUCCAUCCUCUCAGUGAGUCAAAGCAAUGAAUCCGACUGCAUCUUCAUCUGUAUGAUGACGGGAAAGUCAGGAAGAAAUCUUUCUGACUUCUGGGAGAUGGCAGAUAAAUCCCCUGUUAUCAAUUAUACAUUUACCAGCAGCAUUUCUGGUGCUCCGGGUGCAGCUACCAAGGAAGCUACCAGGACUUCCAAGCCCACAACCAAAAGUCAGCCAACACCACCAAGUACAAGCCUCCCAGGCUGGGCAUCUGCCCUGAGAACCUCUUCCUGGAUAGAGAUAACUGCUCCUUCAGAAGGAGAGGAGACCCCGAAAACAGGCAGGCAUGCUGAGUUUCCCACCAGGACAGCAGCCACAUGGAGCAGUGCCUCUCACACCCUGCUAGCCUCAGCUACCAAGAGAGUGACCAGAACUCCAUGGGUGACAGCCAAUAUGCAGACAUGGGCUUCCACAUCAUUUGUGCCCUGGACUCAGACCAGUGAUGAGAAAAAACCUGGAGGGCCUCCCUGGGAAACUCAUUCCUCCACACCAAUAUCUCCAGGGACCAAGGAAGCCAUGAACACCAUCAGCCUUUUGGGACUGCCUGCUGGGAUAAUGGCCACGCCUGGCAGCCCAUCUCAGAUCAGCCCAACCUCUGGAGCAUUCACCACUGGCACACAGACUCAGAGUCCAACCAAGGCACCAGCCCCCAAAGACCCACAGACAGGUGAUCUUCCUGCAGAGUGGCCAUUCACUCCCAGAGAAGAACCAGCACUGAUCCCAAGACCCCACCAAGUUUCGAGAUGUCCUCACCCACUCCUCAAAGAAGGGGCCAUGGAAGUUGCUCCUCUCACCCUGGCUAUCCAGAAACUCAACCCGUGCUUGAUGGAGCUGUGCCGUUUUUUCCAGCAAUGCCUCUGCAUGAGCCAGAGGAAUCCCAGGACGGGGGCUGUGAGGUACUGUCUUGAAUACUAUUCCUGGUUUCUGAAGAAUGCAACCUAUAUCUGUCAGAGGGUGAAAAGGUUGUCGCACUCACACACCUUAAAGCAAAAAUGCCUUGAGAAUAUCUGCAAGUCUGUGUGA